AUAUAUAUACACAUUCAUACAGACUUAUUCACCCGACAGCAGCUAACAUUCUCUACAGGCUCUCAAGCUAUCGCUAAAACACUUCCCUUCAGAGAGUUGUGAAAGGCCACAGAGGUAGGCCAACUAACCUUUUGACCUCUCGUCGUGCGUGGGCUCCAUCUCCGUGGCAAUGGUCUUCUCGGCAGAACAAGUGGCGUGUGUGUGCGAGGUCCUUCUGCAGAGCGGGCGCAUGGAGAGCUUGACUGGCUUCCUCCGCACUCUUCCCCCCUCUUCCUCCUCUUGCCUGGGGGGUCUGGAGAGCGUCCUGAAGGCACGGGCUGCCGUGGCCUUCCAUCUGAGGCGCUUCUCGGACCUCUACGCCCUCCUGGAGGGCUUCCCCUUCUCCAAUCGCAGCCACCCCCUGCUGCAGCAGCUCUGGCUGAGGGCACACUACCUGGAGGCCGAGUGCCAGAGAGGGCGUCCCCUUGGGGCUGUGGGGAAGUACCGCGUACGCCGUAAGUUUCCCCUGCCAAGAACCAUCUGGGAUGGAGAGGAGACCAGCUACUGCUUCAAGGAGAAAUCCCGGAGUGUGCUGCGCGAGUGGUAUUACCAUAAACCGUACCCCUCACCACGUGAGAAACGAGCGCUUGCAGCCGCCACCGGUCUCACCACCACCCAGGUGAGCAACUGGUUCAAGAACAGACGGCAACGGGACCGAGCAGCUCACGGUACUACCGGGGAACAGGAAGCUUGUGGACCACUUAUUGGCUCCAACAGAAACCCAGGAGCAGCAUACCCGUCCUCUGACAAUGACCUUUCAUCUCCAGGCACCCCCAGUCCCCCCUUCUCCUGCCCCCAACCCCCACCUCCUGAGCCAUAUGGGUGGGGGACAACUCUGAAUCUCUCCACUACCUGAGCCAUUAUGUAUAGUAUGUUCACUUCAGAGGCAAUACUAUUCAGUUGUCUAGCCAGAAAUGUGAGAGAACUAUCUUUUUUUAGUAACACCCUGUAUCCAAAAUGGUUAAGUGUUUUAAAUCUGAAAAAAAAAUCAAAUGCAAUUUAAUAGAAAAGUUGUCACCUAAUCAUUGACACAAUGUUUAAAACGCAGCACUCUGGCAAGAUGUGCUGAAUGAUACCGAUGAAAAUACCACUUCCGUAGCUAAAACCAAGACAUGCCUGACACCUCUUGGGGAGAAGUAAUGCAUACGGAAGAUAUCCAGUGACAGUACAACCCAAGGCAUUGACAACCAUUUUAAUGUCGCCCAUUGUUACGUUUCUUCAAGUUUUCAGUCACUGCCAUGCUCUGUGAAUAUAACCUUCGAUGUCAUCUGUGAGCUUACUGCACGAAACCAAGUCUCAAAUAUGACAUUCACAGAAAUCAAUUGUUGGCAAAAAAAAAUCACAACUGAUGAUCAUGAUUAUAUAGCAUUAAAAAAAAAGGUUUCAGUCAGUGUGGUCUUUAUCCUUAAGAACAUCAAUGAGAAUAUAAUUCAGAGAAAGGCAUCUUCCAGUUUUCUUUCCCAUUGAAUGUGUACCAUCAAGUGUUUUCUGUCAUCCAAGUUGCCAACAUCUAGCAAUGUAACUUGAUGGUAGUUCUGCUCUCAGAUCAACGUGUCUACGAGUCUGUUGGUUUCAGUGGAUGGAACAUCCAUCUGCCCCUAGUCUUUUGCAAUGUCAGGGCAAAACUGUCCCCAAUCCCAUCUGUGUAUUUCCUACACUGGUUAAAAGGUUUCUAGGUCAUCUAUUGGUUCUGAUUUAUGGUUAGAAGCCCAGGUACUCAGCCAGAACCUUGGUGUAUGUUCUCCUCAGUGUCAUCCAGUGUGUAACAGAACAGGGGGAAAGGGGGUGGCAAUGACGUGAAGCACAUGAACACCUGAGUUGGUGUGAAAGAAAAAAAUGCAUGCAGGAUUGAAAGUAUUUCAUAAGACAAAAUUCCAUCAGCUGAGGCGACGCAGUGUUAGUGUGUCUGUAUGUAUAUGAGCACACCCUCUCACCUUAAUGCAGGAAGGGGAUGUAAUUGAUUGUCACCACAGCCGGCAGUAGGUUGGUGUGUGUGUGUGUGGAGCCAGGUGGGUGGGGUGUGUGUGCCACGCCCUCUGCCAGGUAUCUCGGUCUGUAGAGAGUCUGGCUGUCCACUCCUCAAAUUAAUCCUCUCUGUCAAAAACCACUAGUUGGAGGGUUACAGCAGAUGCCUGCAGAGAGAGAGGGAAGGGGGAGGUGGUCGUGUUUAAUAGCAGAAGAUGGGAAAGAGAGAGGGGUGAAUUCUCUGCUCUGUGCCAACUGGUAACCAAGUCGAGGCCAAGGCAACAUUUCAUUACAUCUCAAUUCUCAUUUCCCAGCAACAACGUCACUCCUGCAGUUGAUUUGUCUUUUUGUGUGAGGCUGCAAUGAUGUCGCAGUUUGGCUGUGUGACUACCAAGAUCUGUCUCCGGGGGAGGGGAGGGGGGCACUGCUAAACAGAGGAUUCUGCGGCUAAAAACAGGGCUGCUCUCUGCAAGGCUACAGUCAGCACCUUAUACUCUACACUGCAGAGAGAGAGAGGGGACAGAGAGCAGGGAGAGAAACCCAGCUACUCAGCAUCUCUGUUCUUUCCAUUGCAGUCUUUAUUCUGUGUUUCUGAGUAAACUGCCUGAAAUCAGACACUGAUGUAAGGUUAUGACCACAAUGUUAGGGCUCGUUGUGUAACUGAAUUUUGUUUGCUGCCAACUUGGGAUGGGUGUGCUUUGAACAUUUGACCGUUUCUCAUAAUCUCCUUUACUGACUAAACUGAUAAAUAGAUAUCAAAUGCGGUCCCUGGAAAUAAAUUGAUAGACAUAAUAGAACACCCGCUGAUUGAGAGCAGGGACACGGGGGUCCAGGGGCAGGACUUUGGAGUCAUAGUGGCAGGUCAGUAGCAGCAUGCGAGAGGCCCCGGGGUCAAGGGUCGCGAUGAUGUUAGAGAAGGUGACCUGUCCCCGAGGCGUUGGCGACAGGAAAGAGUCGAGUUCUACUGUCCAGCUUUAUUGGGAGUUGAACAUUUAUUGAUAUCAUGACUGUCGAUGGUUAGCCUACUCUUCCUUAUCUAAAAUAUUUUGCUCUCAAAUAUAUUUAAAUAUAUUUAUGCAGUAACUGCCAUGGUUUGUAAUUUCUGUAGCCUCUCACUCAACUGAAAACAUCUAAUCCACUGAUAACACAACUUGCUUUUUUGGAUCCAAGUUUUCGUUGAGGCAAGGGUUUAUUUUAAAGGCGCUGUCCCUGCCUGACAGACCUUACAAUGCCGAUACGUUAAAUACCUAUCAGCUAACUACUGACCAAAAAUAUAAACGCAACAUCUAAAGUGCUGACCCCAUGUUUCAUAUGCUGAAAUAAAAUAUCCCAGACAUUUUCCAUAACCACAAAAAAGAUUAUUUCUCUCAAAUGUUCAGAUUUGUUUACGUCACUGUUAGUAAGCAUUUCUCCUUCGCAAACAUAAUCCAUCAGCCUGACAGGUGUGGCAUAUCAAGAAGCUGAUUAAAACAGCUAGAUCAAUACACAGGUGCACCUUGUGCUGAUGUUAUGGUAUGGGCAGGCAUUAGCUAUGGACAAUGGACACAACUGCAUUUUAUUGAUGGCAAUUUGAAUG